AUGGCCAAACGAUCCGCCAAACCCAGCCAUGGCUCCAAGGACCAAAGACAAACCGUGUCAGAGACAUCGGUGUCCGACACGCAGCAAAGUUUCCCAAAGACACUCGACAGGCCCCAGUCUAGCUUCGCUACCCUGUCUGAUUCAAGAGUGCGGACAGCCCUGCAACUGGUGCUUCUCGCAGCACUGUAUGCACCCGUCUCACAGCUGAACCUGUCGCCAGUCUACGGGGAGAUACCAUCUCGUCACUACCAUCGAUAUGGACUGACCGCGUCCUUCCUGGCUGCGUUCCUGCUUCGGGGCCAUCUACCGCCGCGAACCGCUCGUGUUAUUGUGCCACUUUGCUUCUGGGUGCCGCCCAUCCAGUUUGUCUUGUUCCGGUUCAGCUCGGUGCUGGGAAACCCUUUGGGCCCCGUGGUCACAGAGAGCCUGACUUGCUUCCUAGUGGUGACGAUGUCCUUCUACGUUGCCAUGCAAUCGUUUGACAGCGUGAUCGGCAGAUCUGACUCGAGUCUAGGCGAGGCUGCGCCCUCGAUGGGCUUGUUCGUGCUUUUCAACGUCUUGCACCAGGCGUGCAAGGGAUUCAUCUCGUCCACCGUCGGUCCUGGCUUCCUGAGGUCUCGCAUCGGGAUGCAACUGAUGGUAGCGUCAUUAUACGGCAUGGUCUUGCCCAACAGUGUUCUCUGGCCCUCGCUCCCAGCUGUGGCUUUCACUCUGGUGGCGAAUCCCCAUUGUGGUCUCUCGCGGACUACUCAGGUGCUGAACAACACACUAGCACUGCAUCACUACACGCUCCUGGAGCGGAAGGAGUCCAUCACCGGAUACAUCUCAGUGCUGGAGGACAACGACAAGGGGUUCCGCGUCAUGCGAUGCGACCACAGCCUGUUGGGUGGAGAAUGGAAGAUGCCACCACCCAAGAAGGGCGGGGCCAGAAGAAGAGUCGGCGAGCCCAUCUACUCCAUCUUCGUCAUGCUCGAGGCCGUCCGCCUUGCAGAGCCCGCGCCGAGCAGUCCUCAAAAGACUGCCUUGAACGUCGGCCUCGGGGUAGGGACGGCCCCCUCGGCACUGAUCCAGCAUGGCAUCAACACCACCGUCAUGGAACUCGACCCUGUCGUCCACGAAUUCGCGCUCAAAUACUUCAACUUCCCGCACAACCACAGCCAUUACAUCGGAGACGCCGUCCACGCGGUGACCACGGCGAACUCCUCCGAGGCAAACUCCUACGACUACAUCAUCCAUGAUGUCUUUACGGGUGGCGCCGAGCCCGUGGCGCUCUUCACCACUGACUUCCUUUCGGGACUGCACAUGCUGUUGAAACCCGAUGGAGUCAUCGCCAUCAACUACGCAGGAGAUCUAGCGAUGCCGGCCUCGUCCCUGAUCUACCGGACCAUCACUUCUGUGUUUCCCAGUUGCCGAGUCUUUAGAGAAGACGAGGCGCCCGCGCCGGGGGUCAAGCCCGACGACUUUACGAAUAUGGUCUUCUUCUGCCGGAAACAGAAUGUGCCCGUCAAGUUUCGGAAGCCCGUGGCCGCAGAUUUUCUGGGGAGUGGUGCGAGACGGGCGUUUCUGCUUCCCAAGCACGAGAUCAUGCCGGACGAAUUUGUCCGUGAGGGCGGGAUACUCGAGCGUGGAGACACGAGGGAGCUGGAGAAGUGGCAGGCUCAGAGCGCGAUCGGGCAUUGGAGGGUCAUGCGGACGGUGCUCCCGGAUGCUGUUUGGGAGAACUGGUGA